CACAAAUACACAUACACAAUAGCUAAAAAAAAGACAUAAAUUCUAAAACCCAAUUACUGUGAUUCUUUAUCUUGCGACUCGCGACUGGUUGAUGACCGCACUUGCCUCCAGAUCGUAGAGAAGACUCUCCGAACUGUCUCUACACAGAGGACUAAUUUCUGAUAGAGCUGCAAAUAUUCUGUAUCAUUAUUAAGGUGGAUGCAGCUACCCUACCAUUGUCAAAAAGAUCAAUAUUGUGCUUGUUAACGAAGGGAAAUGUCUGAGCGCCUUGAACAACAGAAUACUGUUGAUCCACAGAUACAGUCACCUGUGCCGAAGGAUGAUAUGAUUGCCUGUGUUAUGGCACUAGAAGCUGCAUUGCUUCCAUGCUUACCUGCCCGAGAACUGCAAGCAAUUGACCGUUCAGCUCAUCCUUAUCACCAAAUUGAUGUAGAGAGGCAUGCUAGAGAUUUUAUGGAUGCUGCAAAAAAGCUUCAACUUUACUUCAUUGGAUUGCAACGUGAGGAUGUGCCAAGUAGGGCAAGUACUCUCCGAAAGGAGAUAGCAAACAUGGAAGAAGAGUUGAAAACAAAGACAGAGCUCAUAGUGAAACAAGAGAGACUGAUCCAAGAAUGGAGGAAGCAAGUGGAUGAACAAUUGAAUAAACACAACACCGAGUUAGAAAGAGUGUGAUUCUUACUUUAUUGCUACCUAUGUGAUUCAGUUCCAUGCCCACAGUUUUUUAUUUUUAAUGCAAAAUUGGUUCUUCUUCAUAAAUAGCCCUUAGGCCUUAGCUAUAAACUCUUUUAUACUUUUGUUUCUGACAACGUUAGUUGUAUUUUAGGCCUAAAUUGUAUGAAGAAAUUAGUGACCAGUUCUGCUCUUAUCAACGCAUCUUUAUGCGCUAUAGUUCUGCAGUGGAUUUAUACCUAUGAUGCACGGGAACAUGUUUUCAAUGGGAUAUGCGUAAACUUUUUAUA